UUGCUUCUUUUGUCCCUUUCUGCAGGAGCAGCAGCUGUCUCCGACUGGCGCAUUUACCGCAGCAGCAGCUACAGGCUGCGGGUCUCCUGCCGCUGCUGCGUCUCCUUCGUGUCUGCUGCUUUCGAAGUGAAGUGUGGGGCCCCACACUUGCUGCUGCUGCUGCAGCAGCCCGGCAGCAGCAGCAGCGGGGCCCCCCUCUCCAGGGCCCCCGUUGUUGCUGCUGCUGACAAAUUCCAAAACUUCAUUAGAGACAAAAACUUUAUUGUUGGAGUUCGCCUCAUUCCCGGAAAACCCGACACAAACCCUAACCCUUGGGGUGAGGCUGCGCCGGAAGUUGUGGGGCGUUUGACGCAGUCUUUGGAGACAGGUACUGCAGCAUUUGAGGGACUUUCUGUUGCUGCUGCUGGUCGAGGUUAUCGACUGUCCUUUUUUGCUGUUGCUGCUGCUGCUGCUGCUGCUGCAAGGGGCCCCUUGGAGACAGUGAGCAGCAGCUUCGACGUUGCUGCGGGGCCCCCGCAGCAGCUGCUGUUCCUGCUGCAGCCGCCUGCUGCAGCAGCAGCAGCAACUCCCUUUCAGGUGUCUGUACAGCUCGCAGACCGCCACGGAAACCCCACACCCCACAGACACUCCGUGCUGCUGUCGGCCUUCAAAAAGGAGAUAAAAAGGAGACAAAAAGCAAAUCCAAAAAAGCAAAAACCGAAAAAAAUAAAACCAAAAAUGAAUGAAAAGACGCAAAAGAGACCCGAAUGGAGACACACGGCAGACUCAAGGAGACACUUGAGUGAAAAUGAUCCAAAAAUAAUCAAAAAUCAAAAAAAAAUAUUUAAAAUUGAAGACAAAAUAAUUAAAAAUCAAAAACAAAUAUUUAAAAAUGAAAAACAAAUAAUCAAAAGUUAUCCAAGAGUAAGUGAAAAUAACAAACUUGAAAAUGAAUUUGAAAAUGAAUUUGAAGAAGUUGAAAAUGAAAACGAAAAUAAAAAAGAAAAUGAAAAAGAAAAUGAAAAAGAAGAAAAUGAAAGUAAAUUUGAAGAAGAAGAAGAAGAAGAAGAAGAAGAAGAAGAAGAAGAAGAAGAAGAAGAAGAAGAAGAAGAAGAAGAAGAAACAGAAGUGGAGUUGCUGCUGCUGGACCCUGCAGCAAAAAGGAGACAGGAGACAGCAGCAGCAGCAGCGACAGCAGCAGCAGCAACAACAACAGCAGCAGCAGCAGCAACUGUCUCGUUUUCGGGCAUUUCUUUGCCCCCCUCCAAAGAACCCAUUUUCCUCAGAGUCCGCCUUUUGCUAGCUGUGUGA